CUACCCCAUCGCCAGGCAGGCUGCUCCCCCUCCCUCCCUGCUUGCCUGCUUUCACUCCCACCUCCUCCACCUCCCCUCCACUGGACUCAAAUGCUAGUAACACCGGUAGGUUAGCUGUUGUCGGUCUGUCAGCCAAAGAUCCAGUGAGGAAAAGCUUUGAUUUCACGCUACGACCGCACCAGGACAGAUAACGGAGACGCCUGUAUGUGAUAUCCCUUCACUUUAACUAACAACACCUGCAAGGAGACGAGUGGACAAAGCAUAAUCAGACUACACACUCCCACUUGGACAACAACACACUACUGUAACAAACAACAAAACACAAGGACGACCACUGAGUGACCAGCUAACAGACAGAUUGGCACUUUGAGCAGCUGGGGCUUGAGAUAAAUGGCUGACAAGCAGAUCAGUUUGCCUGCCAAAUUGAUCAAUGGGGGGAUCGCUGGCCUAAUUGGAGUGACCUGUGUGUUUCCCAUUGACUUGGCCAAGACUCGCUUGCAAAACCAGCAAAAUGGAUCUCGCCUUUACACCAGCAUGUCAGAUUGCCUUAUUAAGACCAUCCGGUCAGAGGGGUAUUUUGGGAUGUAUCGAGGAGCAGCGGUGAACUUAACACUAGUCACGCCAGAGAAAGCCAUCAAAUUGGCUGCCAACGACUUCUUCAGGCAUCACCUCUCCAAGGAUGGAAAACUCACUCUGUUCAAAGAGAUGCUGGCUGGGUGCGGGGCAGGUACAUGCCAGGUUAUUGUCACAACUCCUAUGGAGAUGUUGAAAAUCCAGCUCCAAGAUGCUGGACGAAUUGCGGCUCAGAGGAAGCUGAUGCCAGAGACGGUGGCAGCAGGUACUGUGGAGACCAAGUCCCCAACAGCCAUGCAGCUCACAAGAGAAUUACUGAGGGAAAAGGGCAUCGCAGGGCUGUAUAAAGGCCUUGGUGCCACAUUGCUCAGGGAUGUUCCUUUCUCCAUCAUCUACUUCCCCCUGUUUGCCAAUCUGAAUGAACUGGGCAAAAGAGGUGCAGAUGGCCCUGCUCCUUUCUACGUGUCGUUUAUAUCAGGCUGCCUUGCGGGGAGCACAGCGGCUGUCGCUGUCAACCCUGUUGAUGUGAUAAAGACUCGACUGCAGUCCCUGAACAGAGGAAGCACAGAAGACACGUACAGUGGAGUGACUGACUGUAUCAGGAAAAUUAUGCGUAAUGAGGGUCCAGCAGCCUUCCUGAAGGGAGCCUACUGUCGAGCCUUGGUCAUUGCGCCUCUGUUUGGCAUCGCCCAGGUCGUCUACUUCCUGGGUGUGGGUGAAUUUAUCCUCAGCUUCUUGCCUAAAAAAGACAACUAAGAAGCGGCUCCUUUCUGCCUUUCCCUCCCAUAAUGCAUUAUACCAACUGCGUGAGGAUUCAUCUCAUUCUGAAAGAGGUUUUUCGAUUGGUCAAAGCAAUGACUGAUCAGUUAAUUUUGUUUUUCAUAUUUCAUUGUGUUGAAUGUUGAAAUAGUUUAAGAGGGAGCCUUUGUUUGCCAAGCUGCCUGUGGUGGCACACAAAAUUCCAGUAGGCAAGCUCAGCUAGCUCUCUGGAAAUGAAGCCACAAAUAUCAGUCGAAGUUUUAAACGAAUAUUACUUUAUAAUUACAACAUUUUAUUGCAUUCUGGAAUAUGAUUGUUGAUGUACUGCCCUUUGGUUGCUGCAGUGAUCUACUGAAAAUUAUAACCCCUAACUAGCGAAAUUAAAUGCACAUACCAUACUAAUAUUUGUGACCAUUAGCUCGGGUAGAGUAUUUACUAAAAUACUGUUAAAGAUUUUCCCCCGGAUGUCUUAAAAAAAAGAUAGUACAUUUCGAAUAAGAGCAAAAUAUGCCUCUGUUUCAGACAAAGACCCAGGGAAUGUGUUGCGAUAACAGCACACCCCCUAUGAUCUUUCCUGAGAAGCCACAUCCCUUCCUGUAAGUGGUUAUAAUGAACUCAGCCAUUCAGCUCCAAGCACACUUUGAUUGCCUUGGCUUUUUAAGUAGAUCAGGUUCCAUCUGAUAUUUAGUGCUACCACAAUGCUUCCACUGUUUUGCCUCUGUCAAAGACAGCUCUGUAUCCUGCUCACACACUAGACUGAAGAGACAGUGCACGACAUGUGGGCAUUAUGCACCACCGAUCUACAUGUGCACUUUGUUUAACCUUGACACGGAAUCACAAAAAACUUUUUUACUUCUGCACUCUUUUUUUGAGGGUUGAAACUGUCAAACAUGUUGUACUUGAGGCCACACCCCAAUCAGUGAUGUCACAGCAGGGGUUUUGCCUUUGAGGGAUGAUAGAAAACACCUGCUGUGACAUCACUGAUUGGAUUGCGACCAAAAGUGCAGUGUGCUUUAAAAGUUCAGUCCACAGAGAGCAGUGCAGCGACAGUCUUUCUCUCUCUGUGAUUCAUUGUGAAUUCAGAUGAACGCAUUAGGUUUGAACACUUAAAUUAGUCUGAAAGUAAUUUUUAAUAAAAUACCAGAUUAUUAGUAGAUAUUCAGUAAUUAUGCUUAUAGAUGGUCAGACAUCACCUGCCGAGGCCUCAUGAGUACAGUCAUCCACUGUGGAGCGAGUAAGACCUUAGCUGGUGUAGCUCAUGUCCUCUUAGACCCAGACAUAAUUCUUCUGUUGUUGAUGAGUUGACACUUAAUUUAAAUUAUUUUCUCCAAACUUGAAUUCAGUGGCAGGACCCAAAGAACUAAUGAAAAACCAUUCUUUAUCGCAAAAUCAAACCAAUGUGUUUUCAGUGUUCUAUGGUUUUUACCAAACAUCUCUGCUUGUUUGCUUUAGAGGUUUCGUUUGCUUUAAGUUGCUAGGGAAAGCAGCCCUGUCCUGUCUUGUUUAUGCAUCACAACACUGAAAGCCCUGCCAUUGGUUUAUCUCGCCGGAGAUCAAGGUGACUUUGACAUGUAUUACCCAAUCACAUUCCUUCCUCGCUCCCACUGUUCAAGCAGCUCGUCAGUUGUACUGUCGCACUGUAGAUGCGCGAUGCAACUUUUCAGUGUAUUAUCAUUUGUGGGAGUGAGACCUAUUUAUGAAUAUUCCUUUCUAUAGGCAGUAUAGCACUAUAUAUUUGUAUGUGUCGUUUUUUUUUUUUCUGUGUCAAAGUGUCCACCUUAACUAUAUUGUACAUAUGCAGAUGAUAUGAACUUUAUGUUUUAGGAUUUAUUGUUUGAUUUGUACAUGAUGGCUUAUUUGCACACCUACCUCUCCAGCCCCCCCCCCCCCCCCCCCAUCCAUAUUGUGGUGAUUUUAUGUUAUGAUGAUGUGGACAUAUCAAAUGAAGGAACAUGUUUUAAUGCAACAAGCAUCAUUUUUUUACUGUAUGCAAAGGGGAACACUAGUGUAGAUCUAGGAUGGUGUUUUGGAGGUGCCCUUUCUCCCAAGCUACUGGUUAAGUCUGUGAGUCAGCUCAUUGUCCUGUUUCCUGUUGUUUUAUUAACAAGGACCAAAUGAAGCAUCAUAUAAUGAUCACAGAAAUGUAGUUAGUUUUAAGUGAAUGACCUAUGGCACUCCUUAAACAGUUCUGGAAAUGAAAUACACUAUGGACAAGGCCAGUAGGGAUCUGCUGACAUCCGACUGCAAGUCUAACAUCUGUCUUUCUGAAUGGUGCUUCUCUCAUGACGUAGCUGCAAUAUGACCAAGGCUGUACUGACUGAAUUACAUGCUAGCGAAUCCCAGCGUUAUCAAUGUCUUAACUAAAAGCCAUAGGUCAGGGAGGGGCAGCAGAACUGCCAGACAUCGACUGGCACCUCCAGCCAUGUUGACAGAUGACAAGCAGAGCCACAGGAAAAUGGCAAAAAAAAGACCUGCCUGCUCGUGUGAGCUUGUCUUUAUGAAUUACUGUUGUAGUUUUUUCGACAUUCCAAUUGCCAGUUCAUCUCAUAUAUGCUGUUAUUGUGAUCAUGAUGCCUAUUUUUGUGUUGUUGAGAUUAUUGUUAUUGUUUUUUUUAACUCCCCCCCCCCCCCCCCCCCCCAACCCUUCUAGAUUUUUAUUUGAUCUAUUUUUGGUUGAAUCUUGAAAAUGUCAUGCAAGUCAUUUUGUUUUACCCAGCUGUGAAUUUUCUCUGAUCUUGUGCAUUCGGUUAUGUAUGUGCGUGUGUGUCUGACUGUGUAGUGCUGUAGUUGAUGUGUACUUCUUAGUGUGACACUGCGGUAUUUUUCUCUUUGAUUGUCAGACCCAUACUCUCUCCCCUCCUUCCCUCUGUGUGUCACACUCCUCUGCCGUCCACUCUCCCCAGCAUCCACAGCCGGGGGUGCAGGUUAACGCAGAGGAGCUCUAAACACCAAAUGUAUGACUUAGAGUGUAUACAAUCAAAGAAAGCACAAAGGAUUAUUAGGCACAAGAGACCACAUGGCCCACUUUCAAUACUCGGACAGAGUCCUUGGAAAACUAUGUGCUGCUUUUGCAGAAAUGGAUCAAAGCCUGAUUUAUUUCAGUGGAGAUGUUGAUUGAGAUUAACUUUUUAGUCUUAUAAGAAAGUUUAUCUAUGUCUGUAAAACUUGAUCCAUAGGGCUGACACAACAGGUCGUUAUAAGAGACACAUAAUGUGAUGGUGUCCACUAUGUUACCCAUCAGCAGUUAGUCACAAAAUGUAUAUCGCCUACAUAUUUUAAAUGAAUCAGAUAUAAGAAUGUAACUUAGAUAUUGAGAUGUAUUAUAAUUAUAGUGAAGAGUUUAUUACAUUUUAAUCUAAAGAUUUGUGCUUUACACAUUCACUGAAAAAUUCAUGAACCAGCUCACUGAUAUGCAAUAAGUAGAAGCCACACACAGAACACCAUAAAAGAAUAAAUACAGAAAAAAAAACCCCACUGAACACAACCUGUCAAUCAACAAUCACAACAUCACACACUGUAUGGAUAAUGCUACCAGGACCUUGGAGGCCUUCUGGGGUCUGAGCUCUUUUCAAGGCCUCUGUUCUCUUCCUCCAAGAGGAAUUGUGCAUUAUAGCACUUUAAAGAAACAAGGACCCCCACCCCACUCUCCAUCUACAAAGUGUCUCUCUAUGACAUAGAGGGUGUCUAUGAAUAUGUGUGGUGAAUGACACAGUUAUCCUAGACAUUGUUUACAAUGCAAUGGAAAAAAAAAAACAUAAAAUAUUGUGUUCCCUGUCACAAUUUGCUGUUCAAUAAACUGACUGUCCUGAAA